AUGGCAUUUUUCAAAAACUUUAAACAAAAUCUGAGCCUUCCUUCUGUGUCGUCUUUGGUUGACGCUCUUAGUAAUGCUGUAGAUGAUCUGACCAGUGCUGUUGGAGAGGUCAGCUAUACUGUAGCUGAUUCAGUCACAGAGCAGGUAACAAGCAUGAUAAAUGGCCUUCGCACAGAUGAUGAAAACUCUAGAGUGCAAGAGGAUAAAUCUAUGCCUAUUAGAGAGGAAAAUAUAACAUCAUUAGCAGAUUCUCAGGAAACUAAUAUGAAGGAAAAAAGAUGUGUUGAAGAAGAUAAACAUAAGCAGACUCUUUAUUCUGAUUCAUCAGAUUCUUUAAAACAAGAGUUGAAUCAAGUUAGAAUGUCAGUUCAUGUCCAGGACAAAAGAAACAAUCAGUUAAAACGGGGCGAUGCUAACAAACAUUCUAAUAAUAUGGAAACAUCUGAAGACAUGAAGAAAGUAGGAAGACAUGUUAAAAGCAAAGGAGCCACUGGAAAUAAAUACUUGGAAAAUAAAAAGUUUUCAAAGGAUAAUAAUUUGAAUAGUAACAAAUUUAUAACAGGUGAACCUAUUAUUAAAGACUCAGGCAAUGGAUUACAUGCAGUACUGGAGAAUUCUAAGGAUUACUUGAAUAGAAAAGUCAAAUCCAGGUUUUCAGCGGUUGAUUUUCAGGACCCCAAAGAGCAGCCCUGUACAGAUGGAUUCAAGGAUUUAGAAGCAAAAGCAAAUGACCUACCAAAGCAGACAUUACCAGAAUCAAAUUUUAAAAAGACACCGAGUGAUCAUCCUGAUCGUGUUAAUGAAGUAAAAGCAAAGAAAUACAAAACUUUUUCAGAUGAUAAUGAACAAACCAUAGUGAAACAUGAAGAAAAUGCAACAACCACAUUUUCUAAAGAAGGUAAAAAGAGAAACGAUAAGGAAUCAGAAAAGAUUUCAAGAGAAGUAAGUAGCAAGAAGACACCAGAAAAAGACAACUCGUACAUGAAUAAAGACCAGCAUGGUUCUUCCUCUGAAAGUGAAGACGAGGCAUUGGGGAAAUACCAUGAGGCCUUGUCCAGAACACAAAGUUCCAGGCCACCAAUGGUAGAUAGCAGACAGCAAAAAAAUUACAUUUGGGAAACUAGACAAAAAUAUAGCCCUCUGUCUGCAGAGUAUGAUGGGUACAGUAGUGAAGCCUCGAUAGAUGAAGCAAACUGUAUUCAAAGAAUGAGAAGAACACCUCCACUGGAUGAACUGCAGCCUCCACCAUAUCAGGAUGAUAGUGGUUCUCCUCACCUCUCUUGUACACCCUCUGAAGCUGACGACAGUAAAUGUGAAUUUUCCCACUGUAGCAACAGUCCAAGAUGUUCAUACAAGUGCCAAAGUGAAGGAAGCACUGGACAUGAAAUAGAAAGCUUCCAUAACAAAGGAUAUGAAGAGGAUGUACCCAGUGAUAGUACUGCUGUCCUUAGCCCAGAGGAUAUGUCAGCUCGAGGAUCAUCUUCACAGCUUCCUAAAUCUUUUGAUCCUGAGCCAGUAGCUAAAUAUGGCACGCUGGAUGUGACUUUUGACUAUGACUCACAGGAACAGAAGCUUCUAGUAACAGUGACAGCUGUCACAGACAUCCCAACAUAUAACAGGACAGGCGGAAACUCAUGGCAAGUACAUCUAGUUCUCCUACCUAUAAAGAAACAGAGAGCAAAAACCAGCAUCCAGCGGGGACCAUGCCCUGUCUUCGCAGAGACAUUCAAAUUUAAUCACGUUGAAUCUGAGAUGAUUGGGAAUUAUGCAGUUCGGUUUAGACUGUAUGGUGUACGUCGCAUGAAAAAAGAGAGGAUUGUGGGGGAAAAGAUUUUUUACUUAACCAAAUUGAAUCUUCAAGGGAAGAUGUCAGUACCAGUGAUAAUGGAGCCUUCUUACAGUCUUUCUGGCUGUGACUCUCAAAUAAGCAUGUCAGAAAUGUCCUGCAGUGAAAGUACCUCCUCUUGUCACUCCCUGGUACAUGGCUCAGCUCCAGAAAUCCUCAUCGGCCUACUUUAUAAUGCCACAACUGGAAGACUAUCAGCAGAAGUGAUAAAAGGCAGCCACUUCAAAAAUUUGGCAGCAAACAGACCACCCAAUACAUAUGUUAAAUUAACACUGCUGAAUUCCAUGGGUCAGGAGAUGUCCAAGUGCAAGACAUCCAUCCGCCGAGGGCAGCCCAAUCCAGUAUACAAAGAAACCUUCAUUUUUCAAGUGGCACUAUUUCAGCUUUCAGAUGUGACGCUCAUACUGUCUGUGUAUAAUAAACGCAGCAUGAAACGAAAAGAGAUGAUAGGCUGGAUUUCUCUAGGUCUUAACAGCUCGGGAGAAGAGGAGCUAAAUCACUGGACUGAAAUGAAGGAAUCAAAAGGACAACAAAUCUGCAGAUGGCACUCAUUACUAGAGUCUUAACAGGUGGUACCAAGGGUCAGUUGUGGUUCCAAGGAGUUCCAUGUUUAACAGGACUGUCCCUUAGUCACCACCAAGAGAUUUGUUAUGGAAGUAACAAAUUCAACAUUCCACCUUAAAAAUGCACAGUGUGCGAUGGAGCAGAACAUUUGACACAUUUUCUUCAAUUCAUUUGUCAGACACCUCACUAGUGUCAGAUUAAACCUUUCUGUACACAGAUGAGAUAGCAAUCACUCCAUCCCCUUGAUGCAUUCAAUACUGUUUGGUUUGGGCUUAUUUUCUAUUUAGCAAUUCAAAUAUAUUUUAUGUAAAAAUCCCCAAAUUAUUAUAAAAUCCUCCUAUCAUGUUGGGGUUUUUUAGUGCUCUUAUAUUUUUAGUUUCUGACCUGCCAACAUCCUGAUUAAGGGACACUGGCCUUUAAUACAAGAAACAAAUUAUUAAACUGUGAAACAAGAAAACCAAACAACAACAAAAAAUCACUACCACUUGGGAAGAAAGCUUAAUAUUGAAUAUAUUGUUAUUUUAGAUUGAUUUUGUUUUUUAGGCACUUAGUUGCAUUAACUUCAUUUCUGAUGUGAAAUUAGUCUGAAAAACUCUAGGACUCAGUAAAAUCAGGUGAACUUUGACAUAAAUGUUUCUUCAAUCUGUGACAGGAACAAGCUCCAC